GUAAGUAAUGAAUCCCCCAAGGACGAUAAACAUUACCAUCCAUCCCCAACACCACACAUCACAAUAUGCUGCUGCUUUCUUUCCCCAUCACCAAGCGGGAAAUAAGAUGAAGAAAGAAAUUAUUCACCAAAACUUCUUCUAGAUCUCAUCACUAGACAAACUCUUGCUGUAGCUUUCAUCAGUUUCACAUUUCAGUUCUGAGUCUGACCUGAUUUAAGCCCUAGCUAACUCUCUCUCUACCUAAAUCGUUUAACUAUCUCUCCCCCUUGAUUUCCUUUUUUCUUCUUCUUCUUCUUUAGUCUGGCUGUUGAUUCGGAGAAGAAGACCAUGGCAGUUAUAUUUGAAGGUUUCUCCAUAAGAGAGUAUACAUCAAAGGUUAGAAGUGUUAACGUGGCUAAGUGUUGGCCAUUUGAUGAUGUGAAUAAAGCGUCAACAUCAUCAACAGCAAAGAGAACAGAUGAAGAAAUGAACAAAUUAUUACCACCUUUAACAGGCCGGAAGUACAGAUGGUGGUCAAAUGAAGUCAAACUUCUAAAUGGAGAAGAAUCAGUCCAACCACCCUCUGAUGACAAAUCUCAAAGUGGUUUUCAUGAUGAUAAGGAUAGUGGUUUUGGUUUUGAUGGCGAUGGUGAUGAUGAUGAGAAGAAUGAUAAAGAAGAUAAAAAAGAAAAGGAAGAAGAAGUGGUUUUGACGAGGAAAGAGAAAGAAGAAGAGAAAAUGGUAAUGGUAUGUCCAGUUUGUCAGAAGUUUACGGCAUCUACCGUGAAUGCAGUAAACAUUCAUAUUGAUAGUUGUCUUUCCAAAGCUUCUAAAAGAGAAAAGAAACUCAUUAGAUUAACUAAGAAGAUGAAGAAGAUUGUUGCAGAGGCCGAGGCAGCCAAGUCCUCUUCCAAAACAAAGAAGAAGAAACGGUCCAUUGUUGAGAUUUUUGCUGUGGCUCCACAAAUUGAAACCCUACAAAUCCAAGAAGAAGAAGAAGGCUAUGAACAAGAAGAAGAUAAUACUGAUGAUAAUGAAGAAGACGAAGUAGAAGUUGGUGAGUGUACUAAUAAUAAGAAAUUAUUGAAAGGAAAGAAGAAGAAGAAGAAGAAGAAGAAGAAGAAGAAGAAGAAGAAGAAGAAGAAGAAGAAGAAGAAGAAGAAGAAGAAGAAGAAGAAGAAGAAGAAGAAGAAAAAGAAGUUAUCAUCAUCACCAAAAGCAGAUGUUACAAUGGGAAUGAUUAGGAAUUUCAAGUUUGAUAAUAAAAAGAAAAAGAAGAAGAAAAAGACUGAUUGUUCAACAGUAACAUCGACAUCAUUAUCACCUAAAUUAUUCAAGAAGAAGAAGAAUAAGAUCAAAAAGAAGUCAAAAGUCCCGGUACUGAACCAGGUCUUAGAACAGGAGAUAUGUAAGCACCAGCAAGGCAAGCUUCCACUGCUGCCGAUCCACAGCAUAUUAAAGAAUCAGAGAAGUGUUGUAUCUUGCCAAAAAUCAUCUUCAAUUGGAAACCUGCAGGAUUGUGAUUGCACAAAUUUUCAUUGUGUUCGACGUUCAAAUAAGCAUGUUUGGUUUUCGGGUAAAGACGACAUACUUGGACCGACCAACAGUGGGGUUUCUUCCUUCCAGCUGCCUCAAAUACACAGUAUUCAUGGUCAAGUACCUUCUGAUGUCAUGGGCAAUGCAUUAGUUAGACAGAAUGAAGUAUCUGCUGCAGAUGAAGCUCCUGUGACAAAUGGAGGUGUUAUUUGCAUUACUAAUGCAUCUGGGGCCCGAUCUAUACAUGAAAAGGACUGUUUGGAUGAUCCAACUGGUUAUGAUUCUCCAUCAACUUUCCUCAGUUUAAGUAGUAUCAGUUGUCAAGAUAACAAAAAAGGCUUCUUAGUUGAUGCUUUGGAUGAAACUCAAGGAAAUUGUCCACAUCCUGAUGAUUCCCGCCUCUUUCAUCAUGGUAGCUCGCCUGCUUUCUAUAAUCUUCUAUCUGCAGAUAUGCCAAGGUUCGUCACCUCUGCUCUAAAUGAUGGUUACGCUUCCAAUUUGGACUGUCGAAGAGAUGGAGAUGUGCAAGGGUUGGUGGAUAUGAGUGGACGCCUGCCUGAUCAUUUUGUAAAUUCAGUUCCACAAUCUGUAUCCAAGAGUUCACUACUAAACAUGAAGACUACUACACAGCCUUCUUCAACUUUCUUAACUUUAACUACAGAAUCAAGUGGGAUAAAACCUUCUCUCCCACAAAAUCCCGGGCUUACUUCAAAUGGUAAUACGACGGAUAACUCCACUCUUCACCAUUUAUCUCCUAAAGAUCUGAUGAGUUGUCUUUCUUCAUCGAUUGAGUGGAAGAAACGGAGGGGAUCUCCAUGUGGGGGGAAGCAUAUUGAUGAGAAUUUUAUUGGUUUGCCUCUGAAUUCACAAGGUGCAUAUGUCCAGUCUUCCUCAAGUAGCAGUAAAGUAGGGUAUAACUGUUUAGAUAAACAAGACAAAAUGGUAGGCUCGUCCAGCGGCUUCCAAACUCACAAUGUGUGGCCAAACAUAGAGAAGCAGUAUGUGGAAAGACAAGCUUCAAGAGGUCAUUUACAAUUGUUUCCGGAGGAAAUCUGUUUCAGAGAUAAUCCUAAAGUGGAUGUGCCAUCCAGCUUUGGUGUUACACAGUGUACUGGAGGAACAGAAACUCACUGGGAAGACUCGUUUAGGAGUACGAGUGAAUCUGUACGGCAAUUGGAUUCUGAGCUAAGCAUGUUGAAACUUUGUUCUUAUGGGUCAUGCGACCGAAGUGGGUCUACUGUAAAUCAGUUAGAAAAUCAAAAGAGUCGAGCUGAAAAGUGUCCAGAAUGUGGGCUGCUGCCUCAGAAUCAAUUAACUAUGCGGUUGAUGGGUAAAGAUGUUACCAUUGGUAGAGCGAACGUACAAGUCUGUAGUUUCGAGGAUGAAGGUUUAUGGACUGACAAGGAAAUUAUAACAGAGCAUCAUCUUCCCAUGGCAGCCCCCGAAGGCUCUUCGUUUCACGGACAUUCUUGUCCUAAAUGGAUUGAACAUUCAGUACUACAAAAACCAAACGAAACUGCGUCUCAUCCAUGGAAAGCUCAAACCAGCUCACCGCAGAUUUUGCAGAUGAAAGCUGUAGAACCUAGUUUUUCUCAGUCGUACUACAAGUGGAGGACACCUUAUCUGUCACACGCUGGUGUUUCCUUGAUCAGUAAAAAACAAUGCCUGGAAACCCAAAAGGUUGCUUCAGAUUCAUCGAUGGAUAAGGCGGCGAAGGUUCCAGCAUCUAGUACUGCUCAAGAUGAAUCUCGCUACACCGGACGUGAAAUGCCAGUACAAUCAUCGGCUCCCCAUAAUGCUUGUGAUCAUACACUUUUCAGCUCUACGCAAUUUAAGCACGGCCAGAGCACGUCUGUUCAUGAAAAACAUUCGCGUUUCGUAUUUCCCUUCUCAAGCGAGGAUCUCCCAGAGUAUGUGCAACAAUCACGGUUUGAAAGCUCUUCACAGCAGUUGCCACAGUGGUUGAUAAACGCUAAACAGCAGAAAGUUACUCCGCCUGCUUUAUCCAAACCUUACUUUGCUGCAAGGGCUACACACCAUCCAUCUAGCAAAUUAGGUAUCUCUUCUCCACAUAAAAAAUCGACAGUUCCACUUGCUUCAGAGCCAGGAACCUCAAUCCGCCGCAUGCAGAAAUCAGCUGGUGGGACUUCGUUGAAUUUCCCUCCAAUCAUCCCAGCUCCUCCUGGAUUCAGAAGGUGUUUUCCUAGUAACUCGUUUUUUAAAAAAUUAUUUAAGAUCAAGGAUGGAAGUUAUUCCAGGAUUUCAUCUCUUAAUAAUAUCGAUCAAGUUAAGAAAACCAACAAGAGGCCUGCAGCUACAGCAAAUGAUUUGUCAAGAUCCUUUAAGAGACUCAACUGGCAGAUGCAAGAGUUUGAUGGCAAGUUGGGGUUGGACAGAGCUGCAGAUGGUAGAGUUCACACACAACCUAAUUCUUCCCCACCUGAACAUGACGAAUACAGAAAUGAAGGGAGUGAUGUGGGAGGUGACAGCCAUGGACUAUCUCAGGAUGCUAUUCAUGAAGAGGAUGGAUUCAGAACCUUGCCAAGCUCUAACUUCUGUAAAUCGGACAAUAUGGGUAGAUCAGGUCCAAUUAAACUAACUGCAGGAGCAAAGCACAUCUUGAAACCUAGUCCAAAAAUUGCUCGAGAUAUUCCUAAGGCAACUCAUCCAAUAAUUCCUCUUGGACAAGUUGCCAAUGCUAGUAAAGUUUCAGAACUUCAGAAGAAACCGGUGCAAAUUUGCAAGCUCUAAGAGAGUAAGUCAGAGCUGUUUAUGUCGUUUGACUUCUUAGUGCUUCACAUGGGCUGCUAUUGGGCGAUGGUUUUACUACCAAUAGGAAUCCUUCCAAUAGAGGUAUAUUGUGAUGGUUGAUUGUGUAAUUUCCAUGGAUGAUAGAGCGACAACCAAGUAAUCUACCACGGUGCUGAAUGUACUGUACUACUUUCUUGUACCAAAGGCAUGUUACUUCAAUAGUUAGGCCUUGGUCUUGGCGAAGUAAAUGCACUCUAAUCUAAUUAAAAUUCCUAAAAAUUAGCUUUUGUGGAAGUACGUGGGUGUUUUUAUUAUUGUCAUCUUCUUUUAACAGGGGUGUAUUCGAUUAGGAUUUAUACGGAUAAUUAAGAAUCCUAAAAACUCCCGAAUAUUCAAUUAGGAUAUGUAAAAAAAUCAUAAAAUGUCCAUGGUAUUCAAAUAGGAUUUAUUUAGAUUCCACGUA